AUGGCUGAAAACACAAAUAUUCAAAAGAACAGUGUUAGACAAUUAGCUCCAGGACAGCUGAAUAAUAUUCGUCAGAUGUUUGAAUCCAAAUCAGAUAGUCCAGAGAAGCUUGGAGUGUCUGAGAAAAGUGUUAAUCACAACCGGCCACAGUUGACUCGCCCCAGACCCCUGUCGACUGUGCCAAUCAAGUCAGAAGGAAUGAAGUUGAAAGAGCCGGAGAGCAAUCAGACUCGUCCUCCAAGGCCUGUUACAACACUGUUCAAACAGUCACCCUCAAUCGUAGCCAAGAAAGUGACGGAAGGACAGCCAGUCACACGUAAUUUAAAACCAGUUCGGAAAAAGUCAAGAGCUAAAAGUGAUGUCUUUGAAUCAUCAGAAGCUGUAGUAAAAGCUGUGAAUAUGAUGAACAACCAAGGAAAGGUUACACCUGUACCGAGGGAAAGGAGUCCUAGAGCAAGCUCCCACUCCAGGAAUGCUUCUAUGGGUACAAUAGAGGUAAAACUCAGGUCUACAACAGACGAAAGUGUUUCAGAUAUUGUGUCUAAAAGGACAAAAAUGUUUGAAUCUGCUGAUCUCUCAAAACAAACAGAGCAGAAACAAUCAAAUGUUGUUUUAAGGCCAACACCUCCAAUUCGACCCCGAUCCAGACCCACAAGUGGGUCAAGUGAUGGUGACCCUGAUCACUCUAGAACUGCGGAGAGCCCUGGUGUGGGAUACUGUAGUCCAUGGGAUGUUGGCAAAAAUGCUCUGUCUAGUCCUCCCCCUCCCCCAAAGAAACCCCCUCGCACAGGUGCUCAUGAUGACUAUCUCAGGGUAAAAGUGAACCCAGAUAGUGAAAAGGGAAAAGAAGUGGACUUUGUAAUCAAACCAAAUGUUUUGUAUGAAAGUAUUGAAGACAUUCAGGAUGAAAAGAAGAAAUCUGAAGAAAAACAUUUGCGUGAAGAGAAACCGGAACCUGUGUAUAGGAAGAUAGUAACAAUUAAAACUCCAGCAGUUAAAUCUGCACUUAAUCAGGGUGACGAGGUUAACUCAUGUAGAGAGGAAAUGGUUUCUGAAGAUCGUGAGACGAGACCUAAGAAACCCACUCGCCCCCCGCCACCAAGAACACGACCUAUGUCAAUUGCUUCAGACAAUUUUACUGAUUUCUCUUUUGAAAAACAGACUAAAGAUCAAAAAAAGAAACCAUUUAUUCCAAAAAAACCAGUCUCUCCAGAUGGAGAUCAUAGUGUCAGUAGUCCAUUUUAUGAAGAUAUGAAAGUAAAACAUGUUGAUUUGGAUGACAUCAAACACUGGGACUUACCUGGCACGCCGGUGAAACGUAAUAAGAUGAGGCGAAGUGUAAGUGCAGAGUGUGUAGCAGACAAAAAAGAUGAUAUGCUAGGGGAGGCUGUAUAUGUGGACCCCGUACAGAUCCGAGAUGACAUCUAUGUGGAUGCUGGCGGAUAUGCUGUGCCCUACAAACACAGGCACUUACAACAGACAAAGUCCCUAGACCCAGAAGCUAGUUCUAAAUGCAGACCCAUCAGUGAAGCAGUGCGGUCAAAGUUGGGAAAUCUGAAAAAACUCCUAAAAACAGAGUCACCAACUAAAAGCAAACAAGAGGAUGUCAAAAGUUCAAAGAAAAAACUGGAAAGUGUACGUUUGAAGAUCAGCCUGGCCUUUUCUGUGGUACGUGCUAUGCAGCAGAAGACCGAGGAAGGGAGUGUGGAUGAGGAAACACCAGAGCAACCUUCAGAAAAUGACAGUUUGGUGGAUGUAUCUGAGAUUGUUAAGAGGAAAGAACAUUGUAACCUUGUGCGGAAGAGAACGAUGAAGAGUGUAAGAGGCUCACGAAGGUACCAGGCUAAGAUCUACCCACAGAUGUUUGACUAUGGUCUGAUUGUAGGCCUGGAGGAGAAAGAGGAGGAAGUUGGCUAUAAACCUAAGAUCCUCUGUAAAUUUCCUGAAAUGGUUGACAGUAAUGUAUCUGUCCCCGAGUUCUGUUUCCCUGAUGCUGCUGAGUUUGAUGUCAAGUCUGCUUCCCCAGCAGCCCCAAGUGAGUCCUACUCCUUUGUGCUAACCAAUCUGGAGGGUGGACGAGUGUAUGGGUACUGCCGAAGACUUGUACCACUAGAGACCCCAGCUGGGCUGCCCGAGGUCAUCUGUAUCAUCAGUCCCAUAGAUGCCUUUAGCAUGUACAAUGAGCUUUUAGAUGAGAUUGAGCAGAGAAGACAGCACUCAUUGUACCAUGCCCAGGAGUUAAUUGCUGCUGCUUUUGGUCGACCCAUGCCUAGUCCUGGAGAUGUUGUACAUAUACGGUCCUUGGAUGAACAUGGAGAAAUGAGUACCAAGUUUCUCACUCGUCCAAGUGACAACAGAAUAGAUAAUGCAAAUCGUGAAUUUUUACUUUCAAGACUAGGAGUGGAUAAAUUGCUUAAGAUAUUUGCUUGUAUUCUCUUAGAGAGAAGUGUUUUGCUUUGUGCCAAAAACCUUAGUACCUUGUCCCAGACAAUCCAUGCUCUUGCAUCCCUCCUCUACCCAUUUCACUGGCAACAUGUCUACAUACCUGUACUGCCGGAGAGUAUGCUGGAGGUGUGCUGCUCCCCGACUCCCUACCUCAUUGGGAUCCUGUCUACUCAUCUACAACGGGUACAGGAACUACCCCUCAGUGAUAUUGUGAUAUUUGACCUUAAUAAGAAGCAAAUGAUUCGGAGUCAAGGUGAUGAGGGAACAUUAAUACCGAAACUCAUCCAAAAAGCUAUGAAGACAGCGCUCAGUAUGUGUAAAAAUGACUCAGAUGCCUCCAGUGCACAGAAUCUGAUGAUUUCAGAAGUGUUCCUACGUUUCUUUGUUGAAGCAAUCGCACAUUUUACAGAACACAUAAAUAACCAACAAGAUGGGAAAAAAGUGUUCAUAAAGGAGAGCUUUAUCCAGGGAGCCCCGACAGAUAGUAUGCAGCAGUUUCUGGAGUGGUUUACAGAAACACAGAUGUUUGAAGUGUUCAUCACCCACCAAGUGGAAAAAACACGCACCAGCAAGACUCUAGAACUCUUCACUUCAAGAAUUCUGGAAUUCAGAGAGGAAGAAGCAAAAUACAAGAGAGACAGAAAUAUGCCAAAAACAAAGAAAAAGAUGAGGUUUGCUGUUGAUUUGUCUGUUGAAAUGUUUAAACAGCCGAGUGACAACCCUGUUUAUGUUUUGUUAGUGGUUUGA